AUGGCGGACAUGGACCUGGACGAUCUUGACGAUGGCCCAAGCAAGGCCCCGAGCCGACCAUCUCGGUUCGCGCCCAAAGGCUCCAAGUUCAAACCCAAACCCAAAACCGAACCAUCUCAAUCACUGCUCCCGUCAGCAUCAGAGUCGGGGGAAUCACUGCCUGCACCCAAGAAAGAGGAACUUGCUGUUAAGCCCGAAACCAAGCCCGGCCACACGAAUGAUGUAGUUGAGAUGGAUUUUGAUGUGAAGCCAGCCGUGAAGGAUCAAGAGGAAGGCGAUUCAAUGGAACUUCCAGCAGCGGAAGCUGAAAAUGGGGCUGAAGAUGAAGUAGUUCGUGAAAUCGACGUUUAUUUUGCUCCUUCUGUUGACUCCAAAACUCGGCUGUAUGUGUUGCAGUAUCCGCUGAGGCCGAUAUGGAGGCCAUAUGAAUUGGAUGAUAGGUGCGAAGAGGUGAGGGUGAAGCCAGGAAGUACAGAAGUGGAGAUUGAUUUGUCUGUUGAUGUCAACUCCAAGAAUUAUGACUCAGAGGCUGAUCCCAGAGUGCAGAUGACGAAGCAGACUCUUACUUCUUCAUGGAAGCCACCCCGCGUAAGUGGUUAUGCUGUUGGAGUACUCACUGGAAACAAGUUACACUUGAGUCCUGUUCAGGCAGUUGUACAACUCCGGCCAUCUAUGCAACAUCUUGGUUCUAGGGAUUCUGGAAGGACUGUUGAACCCAGUUCUUUUGAUAAUAAAGUGAAGUUAGAAGAGCCCGAGGCAGGAAAGACUUCUUCAUCAAAGAAACAGAGCAAACCUUCGGAGCAGAGUCAGCUGGCUGGUAACAAGGAAGAGAGCUGGAUUCCUCUCAAAUACCAUAGUGCAAGUAGUGAGAUGGCUUUAAAAUGCCUACAAAGAAUGAUGUCACGGCAAGAAGGCUCACAGAUUGAAUUUUCCAUGAGCUCGUAUGACUAUCUGAAUAGCUUGUGUCCUGGCACUUCUAGUGACAGUUUCAGUUCCAAAGGGCCUCCAAUAAGGUUCUUGCUGACUUUACCACUUAAAGAACGGUUUAGAACAUGGUUCCUUGAGGGUCCUUCAUUUCACAGAUUCAGUGCUCUGAAACACUUGGCCCCUGACAAUUCGGUUGAAGAAGUUUUGGAGAUUUUGCAGGAAUAUGCUCGAUUAGUUCAAGGUCUUUGGACUCCAAAAAGUCAUUUGGUGUAUGGAACAGAUUCAGGCCCUGAAGUUAUAGCGAGGGAUUUUGUUCUUCGUAAAUUUAGCAAGAGUGUCACUAUGAAAAAGAAAGAAAUACCUCGGCAAGUUCAAAUAGCAAACCAUGUGAAAGAGAUCCUAAAGUCAUUGGCUGUAGAGAGGGAAGACUUUUUUAACGAUUGGAAGCUUAAAGAGCUCCCAGAUUUGAGUUUCAUAAAAUCUUAUCCGUCCAUUGUGGAGAAACAAGAGAGAGAGUGGGAACGCUUGGAAGAAAAACUUAGUCGUGUUCUUCCUGAUACAAAACCUGCGCCUACUAAGAAGUUAAAUACCACCAAUAAUCCAUCAACAUCAAAAAGUUCCGGUAAAGUAGUUUCUAGGGCUCCAAAGGGAGGAGCUGCCAUGCCUGAAGAAGUUCGGGAUGCUGUAACAAAAGCACUUCAGAAACUUUUCAAAACUGUCAAGAUUUGCAGUUUUCAACAAAUUAGCCAGCUGCUAAGGGAUAUGGCAGUUUCGGAGUCCGCACGUUCAACGGGAUUUGCUAGAGAGGCAGUAACUGCAGCAAACAGUAUUGAUGCUUAUCCAGAUGAGCUUCAAGCUAUAAUAAAUCAAAUAGCUGUUAAUAUUCAUGGUAUUUGUGUUCCAAAAUCAUCCCCGGAUUGCCCACAAUAUGAUUCAUUUCGGAAAGUAGUUAUUGAUCUUUUUAUUGCUCAAGGACCAAAUGCUAGACUCAGAAAGGCUUCCAUAACUGAGGCUGCUAGGAUGGAACUUAAAAGGGAACCAUCUACAAUUGAGUAUGAUAAGGUUGUGAAGGAACUGUGUUUGUCUCAAGGCUCUGGAUGGACACUGAAAACUGGUGGUGGAAAUCCAAAGCAUUAG